UGCUUUCCUGAAAAACAACCACACAUUGAAGAACGAACCUCAGAGAAGACAAAUAAUAAAUUGAAAUACAUUUAUUUAGCGGCUACAUUUGCAUCGAGUAUAUAAAUAAAACUUAAGCUCUUUUUGUGUGCUAUUUACUGAUAUUCAACCAGAGAUAAAUAAACCUCCUUUUGAAACGAGCUGAAAAACAUUUCCGCGUGUUUAAGCGUUAUCACUGCGGUCGCUGUUUUACCUUGAUUUAGAAAAAAUCCACUGAAAUAAAACCUCAAUCUUUAGAUUUGUACAUACAUUUGUUCGUGCGGUAUUAUCAAUUCUACAAUAACUAGUAAAUACUAGAAGAUAAACUAAUUUUCAUUUAAAAAACAUGGCCCAACAACCUGUUGCUUUGUUAACCCGCAAGGAGACCUUCAGUGCUUGUCAUCGUUUACACAGUAAACAUUUAAGUGACGCAGAAAAUGUUGAAAUCUACGGUAAAUGCAAUAAUCCAAAUGGCCAUGGACAUAACUAUACGGUUGAAGUAACCGUACGCGGUCCCAUUGACAUACGUACCGGUAUGAUAAUGAACAUUACCGAUCUGAAAUUGGCCAUGGAUGGUGUUAUCUUCAAACAGUUGGAUCAUAAAAACUUAGACAAAGACGUGGAAUAUUUUCAGAAUGUGCCAAGCACUACGGAAAAUUUAACUGUAUUUAUAUGGGAGAACGUACGCCGAGCCCUUAAACGGCCAGAGUUAUUGUUUGAGGUGAAAAUUUAUGAAACCGAUAAAAACUCAGUAACUUAUCGUGGACCCUACAUACAAAAUGGUCAAUAUUUUAGUAAUAGACGCUCACCUAAAACCAGUUGCAAUAAUAUUUCUUCAGAUUCUGAUUAAAUACGAAUCUCUAGUGAUGGGAUGUAAACAUUUGUUGAUAUUAUGAUAUACAGGACUACUUACAAGCUAUACUUACGAUUGCAAUUGGAGAAACGUUAGAAUGAGAAGCAAAAACAUGUGAUUGUUAUAAAAUGUUUUUAUAAUAUUUUCUUUAUGCACUUUUUAUUGACCAGUUUCUUUCUAUAUAAAUAAAUCAUUUUUUUUUUUUAAUAAUUUGUCUAACAUUAUGUACUAGUUUAAGAAAUUAAGUUUAACAUGUUUAAAUAAGAAUUUAAAUGAUUUAGAUUUUGUUUUUAUUUGUUAACACUUUAUUUUGAGACUUUUAAUACAAUUUUCUAAAUCAGUGAACAUUUUUUAACAACAUCACCAUUCUUCAAGUAAUUUUUUUAAAGGUAAAUUUAAAGGAAUUGCCAUUCAUUCUUUAAAUUCUUAUUUAAAACUUUUACACUUUUAACACUGAAUAAAAUCUUUUUUAAUAUAUUUUAAUACUUAUUUGAAUUUACGUACAAAUUUUUUGGCUUUUUUAUAAAAUGAAUUUAAAGCUAUAUUUAAAAAAAUAAACAAAAAUAUUUUUCUAUAUUUCUAAAUUGUUUGUAAAAUUUUUUAUAAUAUUGUAUGUAAUAUAUAUUUUAAUUAAAAAUAAAACUGAACAUUAUUCCAUUUUUUGUUGUCUAAACUUAAAUAUAACAA